GCUCUGUGAGCUGGGGACAUAUGUGGAAAUGAGAUGGUUAGAGAUGGUCUUGUCCACCAUAGCGCAUGCGUAUUGAGGGCCUUGAGGACCAGGCGCAUUUGGAAAACCUGUUAUCCUGCGCGCGCGCGCUCAGCUAUUAGCCUUUCAGAAAGAUGGAUAGAAGAAAUGACCAUGGGCAUCGGGUGCCCACAUUCCAGGGCCCUCCGCCUCCCUCUGGGAGCCUAGGGCUUCCUUUCUCUCCAGAUGCACAGACGGAGACCACAGAAAAGGACCCACCAAUUGCCAACCGAUCUAAGAAAAACAAGAACAAGAAGACUAAUAUUAAGCCUAUGGAUAAGACCACACCCGCUCCCCCUCCAGUCCCAUCUGCCAAUGAUAAUGCUAGCAACAAGCCUAAAGUACCUUUGCAAGCUUUAAACCUACCAAUGUUCACCCAGAUCAGUGCGGCUUCAGCUACUACUGAAGCACCCAAUAUCCAGGCUUCAGUUACUGCUCAGACCAAGAAAGGCAAGGGAAAGAGAGGUACUCCCAAAGUAUCCCUAACUGGCAGUGAGGAUGUUACUACACAGCUCAAGCCACCAUUACAGGCCCUAAACCUGCCAGUUACCACACCAACUAUCCAGACUCCGGUUGCCAAUGAGUCAGCUAAUUCCCUGGCCUCAGCAGCUGUCAACAUAUCUCAGAAAGCUGCUAAGGCAAACCAGGCUGCCAAUAAGACUGUACCUAGUGCCACUGAGAUCUCAUUGGCUUCGGCUGCCACCCACACAGCUACUACCCAAGGCCAAGCUGCCAAGGAGACGGGUAGUAUCCAGGCUACAGCAGCCACUGUCCGAAACAAGAAUAAUUCCAAAGGAAAAAGAGCAACUGCUAAGACCACAAAUACUGACACUGACUAUGUAGAGGCCUCAAAUGCCAUUGAGGCAUCUAACAGACAGACUGAGGCAUCUGGCAGACAGAUUGGAGCGUCUAACAGACAGGCUGAGGCGUUUAACAGACAGGCUGAGGCAUCUAACAGACAGAUUGGAGCAUCUAACAGACAGGCUGAGGCAUCUAACAGACAGAUGGGAGCAUCUAACAGACAGGCUGAGGCAUCUAACAGACAGAUUGGAGCAUCUAACAGACAGGCUGAGGCAUCUAACAGACAGAUUGGAGCAUCUAACAGACAGGCUGAGGCAUUUAACAGACAGAUUGGAGCAUCGAACAGACAGGCUGAGGCAUCUAACAGACAGAUUGGAGCAUCUAACAGACAGGCUGAGGCAUCUAGCAGACAGACCGAGGCAUCUAACAGACAGGCUGAGGCAUCAGCUGUAGCUGUAAGGCCCAAAAAGCCCAAGGGGAAGAAGGGUACCAAUAAAGGCUCAAACUCAGCUUCUGAGCCCUCUGAGGCUCCACCUGCCACUCAAAUGGUCACAAACCAUGCCCUAUCGGUCACUGUACGGAUCAGGAGAGGGUCUAGGGCUCGAAAGGCUGCCAAUAAGAAUCGGGCAACUGAAAGCCAGGCUCAGAUCGCUGAACAAGGAGCUCAGGCCUCUCAGGCCAACAUAAGUACUCUGGAGACUCAGGUUGCUGCUGCUGUCCAGGCCUUGGCAGAUGACUAUCUGGCUCAGUUGACUUUAGAACCCACGACCAGAACCCGGGGCAAGAGGAACCGGAAGGGUAAGCAUCCCAAUGGAGAAGAAAGAACUGGGAAUUUUAGGUGGUUCCCAUGGGGCAGGCGGCUUCCACCACCCCGAGAUGUGGCCAUUUUGCAGGAAAAGGCAAAUAAGUUGGUAAAAUACCUGUUGCUUAAAGACCAGACAAAGAUCCCAAUCAAACGCUCAGACAUGCUGAAGGAUGUUGUCCAAGAAUAUGAGGACUAUUUCCCAGAGAUCAUUGAACGAGCAAGCUAUGCACUGGAGAAGAUGUUUCGAGUCAAUCUGAAGGAAAUUGAUAAGCAAAAUAACUUGUAUAUUCUUAUCAGCACUCAGGAGUCCUCAGCAGGCAUAAUGGGAACGACCAAGGACACACCUAAGCUGGGUCUCCUCAUGGUGAUCCUGAGUGUCAUUUUUAUGAAUGGCAACAAGGCCAGUGAGGCUAUCAUCUGGGACGUGCUGCGCAAGUUGGGGCUACAUCCUGGGGUAAAACACUCACUCUUUGGAGAAGUGAAGAAACUCAUCACAGAUGAAUUUGUGAAGCAGAAAUAUCUGGAAUACAAGAGGGUCCCCAACAGCAGACCACCUGAGUAUGAAUUCUUCUGGGGCCUACGGUCUUACCAUGAGACUAGCAAGAUGAAAGUACUGAAAUUUGCAUGCAAGGUACAGAAGAAAGACCCCAAAGACUGGCCUGCUCAGUACCGUGAGGCAGUUGAGAUGGACAUUCAGGCUGCAGCUGUGGCUGUGGCUGAGGCUAAGGCCAGGGCUGAGGCAAGAGCCCAAAUGGGGAUUGGAGAGGAAGCUGUGGCUGGGCCCUGGAAUUGGGAUGACAUGGAUAUUGACUGCCUAACAAGGGAAGAGUUGGGUGAUGAUGCACAGGUCUGGAGCAGAUUUUCCUUUGAAAUCGAACCCAGAGCCCAAGAAAAUGCAGAUCCUGACUUCUUCAACCAAGGAGCUAGUGCCAGAAAUAGCUUUAGUGAUGGUGCUAGUAUUAGCUUUGGUGGUAUGACCAACCCCAAUGGUGGGUUUGAUGGCAUAUUCAACCCCAGUGGUGGCUUUGGGGGCAUAAAUAGCAUUACCUUUGGGAGUGUACCCAACACUUCUACCAACUUCAGCAGUGCACCGAGCAUUAGCUUUGGUGACACAACCAACACUAGUACCAGUUUCAGUGGCGGAGCCAGCAGCAGCUUCAGUGUCACACCCAGUACUACUGCCCCUUUCUGUAACACAGCAAGCAUUAGCUUUGGUGGUGCACCCAGCACUACUGCCCCUUUCUGUAACACAGCAAGCAUUAGCUUUGGUGGUGCACCCAGCACUACUGCCCCUUUCUGUAACACAGCGAGCAUUAGCUUUGGUGGUGCACCCAGCACUACCACCAGCUUCAGCAGCACAGCCAGCAUUAGCUUUGGUGGUACACCCAGCACUACCACCAGCAUCAGCAGCACAGCCAGCAUUAGCUUUGGUGGUGCACCCAGCACUACCACCAGCAUCAGCAGCACAGCCAGCAUUAGCUUUGGUGGUGCACCUAGCAUUGGUAGUAAUAGUUUCAGUGGUGGAUCCAGCAUUAGCUUUGGUGGUGCUCCUACCACCAGUACUAGUUUCAGUGGUGGAACCAGUAUUAGUUUUGGUGGUGCACCUUGUACCAGUGCCAGUUUCAAUGGUGGAGCCAGCUCUGGCUUUGGAGGCACACUUAGUACCACCGCUGGCUUUGGUGGUGCACUCAGCACAAGCACCAGCUUUGGCAGUGCACCAACUACAAGCACUGUCUUCAGUGGUGCAGUUAGCACCACUACUGGCUUUGGAGGCACACUUAGCACCAGUGUCUGCUUUGGUAGUUCUCCCUACUCUGGCACUGGCUUUGGAGGCACACUCAGCACCAGUAUCUCCUUUGGUGGUUCUCCUAGCACCAAUACUGGUUUUGGUGGUACACUCAGCACCAGUGUUUCCUUUGGUGCUUCUUCUAGCACGAGCUCUGACUUUGGUGGCACACUAAGCACUAGUGUCAGCUUUGGUGGAUCUUCUGGUGCCACUGCUGGCUUUGGCGGUACACUCAACAGCAGUACCAGCUUUGGUGGUGCCAUCAGCACCAGCACUGGCUUUGGCAGUACACUCAACAGCAGUGCCAGCUUUGGUGGUGCCAUAAGUACCGGCUUUAGUGGUGUACUCAAUAGCAGUGCCAGCUUUGGUGGUGCCAUCAACACCAGUGCUGGCUUUGGCAGUUCACUCAACAGCAGUGCCAGCUUUGGCGGUGCCAUCAGCACCAGUGCUGGCUUUGGCAGUGCACUCAGCACCAGUGCCAACUUUGGUGGUGUACUCAACGGGAAUGCUGGCUUUGGCGGUGCCAUCAGUACGAAUGCCACCUUUGGUGGUAUACUCAAUGGCAGUGCUGGCUUUGGUGGUGCCAUGAGAACCGGUGCCACCUUUGGUGGUGCACUGAAUAGCAAUGCUGGCUUUGGCGGUGCCAUCAAUACGAAUGCCAACUUUGGUGGUGCACUGAAUAACAGUGCUGGCUUUGGCGGUGCCAUGAACACCAGUGCCACCUUUGGUGGUGCACUGAAUAACAGUGCUGGCUUUGGCGGUGCCAUCAGUACGAAUGGCAACUUUGGUGGUGCACUGAAUAACAGUGCUGGCUUUGGCGGUGCCAUGAACACCAGUGCCACCUUUGGUGGUGCACUGAAUAACAGUGCUGGCUUUGGCGGUGCCAUCAGCACCAGUUCCAGCUUUGGUGGUGCACUGAAUAACAGUGCUGGCUUUGGCAGUGCCAUCAGCACCAGUGCCAGCUUUGGUGGUGCACUGAAUAACAGUGCUGGCUUUGGCGGUGCCAUCAAUACGAAUGCCAACUUUGGUGGAGCAAUCAGCACCAGCCCUGACUUUGGUGGUGCAUUCAGUAACAGUGUUGGCUUUGGUGGCGCACUUAGUACCACUGACUUUGGUAGUACCCAUAGCAACAGCAUUAGCUUUGGCAGUGCUCCUUCUACCAGUGUUAGUUUUGGUGGGUCUCACAGCACUAACCUCUGUUUUGGUGGAGCACCCAGCACCAGUCUCUGUUUUGGCAGUGCAUCUAACACCAACCUAUGCUUUGGAGGCUCUUCCAGCACCAACGGCUUUAGUGGUGCUACCAGUGCCAAUUUCAGUGAGGGGCACAGCACCAGUGCCAUUUUCAGUUUUGGGAAUGGGCUAAGUACAAGUGCUGGCUUUGGAAAUGGGUUGGGCACCAGUGCUGGCUUUGGCAACAGCCUAGGUACCAGCACUGGCUUUGGUGGAAGCUUAGGCCCCAGUGCUAGCUUCAAUGGUGCCCUGGGCACUAGCAAUGGCUUUGGCGGUGGACUAGGCACCAGCACGGAUUUCAGUGGUGGACUAAGUCAUAAUGCUGACUUCAAUGGAGGACUGGGUACCAGUGCUGGCUUCAAUGGUGGACUAAACACUAACACUGAUUUUGCUGGUGAACUGGGGCCUAGUGCUGGCUUUGGUGAUGGACUGGGCAGCAGCACCAGCUUUAGUGGUGGACUGGUCACUAAUGAUAGCUUUGCUGGCAACCUGGGUAACAAUACUGGUUUUGGCGGCACACUUGGCACUGGUGCAGGCUUUAGUGUAAGCCUUGGCAAUGGCAAUGGCUUUGGCAAUGGGCCUAAUGGCAGCUUCGACAGAGGACUGAAUCCCAUCAUUGGCUUUGGCAGUGGUUCCAACACCAGCAGUGGCUUUACUGGUGAACCCAACACCGGCUCCAGCUUCAGUAAUGGACCCAGUUCUAUUGUUGGCUUUAGUGGUGGACCAAGCACUGGUGCUGGCUUCUGCAGUGGACCAAGCACUGGUGGCUUCGGUGGUGGACCAAGUACAGGACCUGGCUUCGGUGGACCAAGCACUGGAGGUGGCUUUGGAGGACCAAGCACUGGAGGUGGCUUUGGAGGACCAAGCACUGGAGGUGGCUUUGGAGGACCAAGCACUGGAGGUGGCUUUGGAGGACCAAGCACUGGAGGUGGCUUUGGAGGACCAAGCACUGGAGGUGGCUUUGGAGGACCAAGCACUGGAGGUGGCUUUGGAGGACCAAGCACUGGAGGUGGCUUUGGAGGACCAAGCACUGCAUCUGGCUUCGGUAGUGGACUGAGCACCAAUGCUGGAUUCGGCAGUGGACCGAACACCAGCGCUGGCUUUGGUGGUGGACUGAACACCAAUGCUGGAUUCAACGGUGGACCACCAAGCACCGGUACUGGCUUUGGUGGUGGAGCCCCUAGCCACGGUGGCUGUGGCUUCUCUUACGGCUAGUGAAGCUUCAGGCUUGUUCCCCCUGUUUACAGAUAACGCUAACUGCAGCAGUACAUCCCAUGGAGCCAAUGUGCAGCUUUGGAAUUGUCCACGCAGCAGCCUAAGCACUAUUACCCAUCAGCUGAGUGAAACACUGAAAAAUCUGCUGUUCCUGCUUUGUGUUUGCUUCCUGUGUUGUU